ACCCUCCCGCCGCUCCAUCACUGUCUUCUCGUCGCGACAUCCCUCCGUCUCCGUCUUGGACCACCCCCACCAGCUACGCUUGCUCCCACGCUUAUGCUGCCCUCAUGCAGUCCAGUGUGACGCCCUACGGAGCAAGCUACUACUUCUCGUCAAAAAGCUUGACGGUGGAGGUUUACCAGAUUCUGGUGGAUCGCGGUUGGAGGCGAUCUGGCACAAUCUUCUACAAGCCCGAUGUAUUACGGCAUUGCUGUCCGCAUUACACGAUUCGUCUCCCAGUCGACGCCUUCAAACCCUCGAAAGAUCAGCGACGAGCGAUCAAUAAGUGGAACGACCAUGUCUUGGGCGACGCCUAUAUGAAAGAAGCUUCUAAGCGUUACCCCAUAACGAAAGAAGCGAAGGCUCGACUCAAGAACACUUUCGACCUGACUCACGAGGUACACAAGGCGGAGCUUGAGCAUGUUAAACAACCGCCUGAGCCCGCCCAUCGAUUCGAAGUAACACUCGAGCCAGCAGGCUUCACCCGCGAGAAGUAUGAGCUAUUCCACAACUACCAGCAAAACGUGCACAAGGAGAAGCCAAAUAACAUCUCGCAAUCCGGCUUCAAGGGCUUUCUGUGCGAAUCUCCGCUACCACAAACCUCUAGGGAAGUCAAUGGUAAGACGCAGCUUCUCGGCUCGUACCAUCAAUGCUACCGACUUGAUGGACGACUCAUUGCCAUGAGCAUACUAGACUUGCUACCUCACUGUGUUAGUGGCGUCUACAUGCUAUACCACUCGGACUUUGAACACUGGCAAUUUGGGAAGCUGAGCGCGCUCCGUGAGAUUGCUCUUGCACUCGAGGGCAGCUACGAAUACUACUACAUGGGCUACUACAUACACUCAUGCACCAAGAUGAAGUACAAGGGGGACUACAAGACACAGCAUGUGCUAGACCCGGAGACGCAUGAGUGGAAUCCACUGGAUGACGAGCUGCGCGGCUUGCUCGACCGCCAGGCGUACGUGUCAUUGUCAAGGGAGCGUCGAAAAAAGGCCGAAAAAGAGGUCUCCGUAACCAUCGACGACAGAGAUGCAAAGGAAAAUGCUCAAUCAACGCCAGCCGAGCUUUCCGAUUACCCGCUACCAACGGCCGCUGAAGGAGGCGAAGCGGUUUCGAAUGGAAUGUCAUUGUUCGACCUGAAGAUUCCCGGCCUUAUGACAGUAGAGGAGAUAGAAGAGCAACUGGACCUUGGUACCAUGCCAAUUCGAGUAGGGAAUAAGAUGGCUGAAGCUCAGGAUUUGGUAUCAUGGGACAGCGGUGACCUACGAAGUCCUCAGUCGAUCAAAGGAAUCAUAGGUGAACUAGUUGCUUGUCUGGGUCCUGAAGCUGCAUGCCAUGUGGUGGUAAAGUUCGAUUAAGGAUCGUAUAGAGGAGACAGGCAGCAGAACUGCUGCGGGGAGCAUAAUUCAACCCUGAUGCCAAACAGCCAACAGCCAAGAACACCCUAGAGAUUCUCGCAACG